AUGCAGGUAUUGGGAGUGCGAGACCCUGUGAUGUGUCGCGCCUUCUUGCCCAAACUGAAAGGCUCGGCACAAAGGUGGUUAGUGGCGCUGCCUCCUAAGUCAAUUCACAGUUUCGAGGAGUUAGCCGACCGCUUCAUGAACCAUUACGCGGCCAACAUCAAGCCACAGAAGGAUCUGACUCACCUGGGAGAUGUCCACCAAGAGGAAGGCGAGUCCCUGAAAACCUACUUGGUUCGAUGGCAAAAGGAGAUUCAGUCUAUCGAGGAGGUCGAAGAUCAGACCGCACUCACUUUUUUCAUCGAGUCUUUACGAUCCGGGCAGUUGUAUCGAGAUCUGCGGGAUAACCGCCCGACUACCUACGCGGAAGCCAUACACAUGGCCAAUAAAAGGGCUAACACGGAGCAGACCAUAAAGCAUAAGCGACAACGCGAAGUCGGAGGGUCCGUCGGAGGAAAGAGGACCCGUGCGGAAACCAAGGAAAGGCGCCCGGAAGGGGCUCGGCGACCCGAGGCUAGACGUCCCUAUGACAAGCCUAUGGUCCAUCCCUACAGAGCGGUUCCUCAGCACCCGGUGCAUGAGGUUCAAGCGGUCGCUCCGCCCCUGCCCCCGCCGAUCGACGAGCAUGCGACGAGUGAAGAAUCAGGUAAGAACUCUAAGUACUGCCGCUAUCAUAAGUCUUACACUCAUAGUACGGAAGAGUGCUUCUACUUGAAAAAGGUCAUGGAAGGAAUCAUCCAGCAAAGGACCCCGCCUCCUAAUCAGUGGAGGCGAAGGUCAGUAGCACGAGAGGACGAUGAUCUCGCGGUCACCGCCGAGAAUAGCCGUGGCAAGCGGUCGGCCACUGAGGAGGAUGAGGCCCAGUGGCGUCAAAAGCCAGUCAUUAACAUGAUAGUCGGCGGACCAGAAGGCGGCGACUCGGCGAAUACCAGAAAGGCCUGGGCUCGACAACUAUACGUCGGGACGGUAUACGGGCGUGGGGAAAGCUCGAAGAAAGCGUGCCGAGAGCCGAUCACGUUCACGACAAAGAUUUGCCCACGGGAGAGACACCGCAUCGGGAUGCGCUGGUCAUAG